CCCCACCUGAGUCACUGUUGCUUUGGGCAGGCAGGGAGUGUGGCUGGGCCAAUGGGCUCAGCCUCUGCCUGCCUGUCCCUGGGGGCUGCUGCAGGAGUCCAGGGCAGCUCGUUCUUCAGGCUGAGGAAUCCCGGCCAUGUUUCGGUCCAGAGGGGCCUGUCUUCCAGGACGCAGGGAAGGGAAACGUCUGUGAUGGAGCCAUCUUGGAUGCCGGUGAGCUUCGAGGAUGUGGCUGUGUAUUUCACCCAGGGGCAGGGGGCUCUGCUGGACCCCACUCAGAGAGCUCUCUACAUGGAUGUUAUGCAGGCGAACUAUGAGAUGGUGACCUCACUGGGAUUUCCCAUUCCCAAACCUGAGCUGAUUGUCCAGCUGGAACAAGGGGAAGAGCCGUGGGUGCCCGAUCUCCGGACCUGCAAGGAAAGAAGGCUUCCGAGACGCCCCCAUACAGGUGCUGAGCGAGGGAGUGAGAAUGAGGAGGGGAAUCAUCAUGAGGAAGUUCCCGGAGAAGUGGAACCACGGGGGACCUUUGUGAAAAGAGCUGAAGGGAAUUAUCCCCAGUGCUUGGAGCAGGCAGAAUCCUGGGGAAGUUGGCACAGGUCAGAGAGGCUUCUGGGAAACUAUCCAGGGAAGAAAGUGGAUGAAUCUAGUAAUGGUGAGGGAGAAGAGGAUCCCAGAGCGCAGCAGACAAAUGCCAAGGAAGAAACGCCCUGGCACUACCUUCAGUGUGGGAAAGGAUUCAUUGUGAGAUCACAGCUUGUGACACAUCGGACAAUCCAUACUGGAGAGAAACCCCUUCAAUGCUUGGACCAUGGGGAAAGCUUCAAUAAGCUCUCAGAUCUCAAUAACCACGGGAGAAGCCACACGGGAGAAAAACCCUCUCAGUCCCUUGAGUGCGGGAAAUGUUUCAUUUCAAAGACACAAAUAGUUAGACGUCAGUUAAGCCACACUGGGGAGAGACCCCAUAAGUGCUUGGAUUGUGGAAAAUGUUUCAUAACAAGGUCACACCUUGUUGAACAUCAGGCAAUCCACACAGGAGAGAGACCCCACAAGUGCUUGGAGUGUGGGAAAAGUUUCAGAAGAAAGUCAAACCUUGUUAAACAUCAGGCAAUCCAUACAGGAGAGAGACUCCACAAGUGCUUGGACUGUGGGAAAAGUUUCAUACAGAUGUCACAGCUUGUUCAACAUCAAGCACUCCACACGGGAAAAAGACCCCACAAGUGCUUGGACUGUGGGAAACGUUUCAUAGAGAGGUCAAACCUUGUUAAACAUCAGGCAUGUCACACAAAAGAGAGACUCCACAAGUGCUUGGAGUGUGAGAAAAGUUUCAUAGAGAGGUCAAAUCUUGUUAGACAUCAGGCAAUCCAUACAGGAGAGAGACCUCACAAGUGCUUGGACUGUGGGAAAAGUUUCAUACAAAGGUCAAACCUUGUUCAACAUCAGGCAAUCCACACAGAAGAGAGACCCCACAAGUGCUUGGAGUGUGGGAAAAGUUUCUUAAGAAAGUCAAACCUUUUUGAACAUCAGGCAAUCCACACAGGAGAGAGACUCCACAAGUGCCUGGACUGUGGGAAAAGUUUCGUACAAAGGUCAAACCUUAUUAAACAUCAGGCAAUCCAUACAGGAGAGAGACUCCACAAGUGCUUGGACUGUGGGAAAAGUUUCAGAAGAAAGUCAAACCUUGUUGAACAUCAGGGAAUGCACACAGGAGAGAGACCCCACAAGUGCUUGGACUGUGGGAAAAGUUUCAGAAGAAAGUCAAACCUUGUUGAACAUCAGGCAAUCCAUACAGAAGAGAGACCCCACAAGUGCUUGGACUGUGGGAAAAGUUUCAUAGAGAGGUCAAAUCUUGUUAAACAUCAGGCAUGCCACACAAAAGAGAGACUCCAUAAGUGCUUAGAGUGUGGGAAAAGUUUCAUAAGAAAAUCACACCUUGUUGAACAUCAGGCAGUCCACACAGGAGAGAGACCCCACAAAUGCUUGGACUGUGGGAAAAGUUUCAAACGGAGGUCAAACCUCAUUAUACAUGGAGGAAUCCACACGAGAUGUAAACUUCUGUGACAAAUGGCAAGAAAGGGUUAAGCAACUUGCAUGUAACUGACUCAGAUUCAACUUUUAGAGAGAGAUUUUAAAAGUUUGUCCACCUUAGAUAAGCUAGAGUUUGACAUGUAACUGUGUAUUUUUAAAGACUUGGAAGAAGAGGGCAAGUCAUGUCUGAGUAACCUAAAUUGCCUUCUAUGAGGAUAUAAGUGGCUCUGUGGUUGAGGAGAAAGCAGU